AUGUUGGAGAAGGAACCUGAAACCCCCGGCCCAGGCACCACUUAUUGGCUUCACGGGAUACAUGUUGUGGCCACUCAACACCAUAAACCUACCAUUGACUAUAGUCAGUGUCAAUGGGAAGGAACAAAACAACCAAAGGCUCAGCAACGGUCACAUCAGUUAACACACGAGCAAGGCCAAUCCGGGCAAUCAUCAUGGGACACGGCGUGCAUCCCAAAAAGAAGUUGGAACAUGAUACUCCCAUCCAAAAUGGUCAAAGGCAAGAGGAAAGAUGCCCACACCCUCGGUAAGAAGAACGAAUGUAAACCCCAGGCACGUAACCCGGGGGAAGGAUGCGGUAGCAACAACAUUACUAUGCAAGAUAUACCAUGUACUGAUAACACGGAUGCCAAGAAGAGAUGGAUACCACUAAGCACACCCAUGCACCUUCGCAAAGUGAAGAUACAUAGUACAAAGAAGGAGCCUGACAACAGACAAAACCCAGAGAUCACAAAGGCCAGGGGAAAAGACAGGGAACCACCCUACAAAAGAAGAUAUGGAUAG